UUUAGCUCGAGAACUAGAGAGAGAGAGAGGAUGAGAGAGAGAGAGCAAGAUAGAUCUGUGGAUAUCAUGCUAACAAAACCCUGCUUUCGAUAAUGAAACAUUAUGCGUAUAGUAUGUACAUCAAAGAUGGCUGGAGUGUACUGUCCGGAUCAGGUCGUGAUUAAAUUCUCAAGAACCUGUACUGCAAGAGAAUUCAUCCAGUGAUCAAGACGAGCAAUUCUUUGGUUAAUAAUUAUGUGUGCCGACGUCGGAUAUGUUGGACUUUCUAUUUCUCUGUCUCACAAUGCAAUUCAAUGAAUGAUCACCGAUUUUUGUGUCACAGGACAUGCAGUUGAAUUGCAGUAUACACACAGUGCGGAGCAAUGAACACCAUGCAAAGAUUCACCAAUUAUCCGAGGCGAGGCCAUGAUAAUCGUCAUACUAGUUCGGUUGUUUUGUUUUUAUCAGGACUUUUAUGCUUGUUUGAACUAAACAGCACUUCCAAAGCCUGAUACGGUAUUUUCACAGAUCUAAAUUUUGCUACAUAGUGUGAGCUGGUUGUGUAAAACGAGCUUGCGUUGAGAUCAAGUCUUCUCUUAUGAUAUGAUGGCCACUGUAGACUAUGAAUCUGAAGAUUACAAGAAAUGGAGGGGCUUGUUUGUUAAUGCCCUUCGGAAGGUGCAGCAGCAGGUUCAUUCCAACCUGCAGGCGGACGAGGACUCCUUGGAAUACAUUGAAAGUCUCAUCAUCUGCCUCCUCAACAUGCUGUGCAGCGUCCAGCCCCACAGCGUCCACGAGAUCGAGGACAGGGUUCAGAAGACCUUCCCUCGCCCCAUCGACCAGUGGGCCAUCAACGACGCCCGUCUGGCCCUGGAGAAGGGGCGCAAGAAGGCUCCCCUGGUCCUUCCGGUUGAGAAGAUACACCAGCUCUUGAGGGAGGUGCUUGGCUAUCGUGUAGAUUCACAAGUUUCUUUAUACCUGGUGGCGGUACUGGAGUACAUAGCAGCAGAUAUUCUAAAGUUGGCAGGCAACUAUGUGAAGAACAUCUGUCAUAGCAAUAUUAGCCUGCAGGACAUCAAAGUUGCUAUGUGUGCUGACAAGGUGCUGAUGGAGAUGUUCUGCCAGGAUGAUGACGAUGCAACAGCGAUGUCAUCCCUGAGUCUGGAAGACGAGCAGGACAGUAGAACAGGGACGUUGACCUACGAUGAGAUAGUCAAGGAUCUCAUCAUGGAGGAAACACAGUACGUCCGAGAUCUCAACCUCAUCAUCAAAGUCUUCAGGAAGAUCUUUGUCGAUGCACCGCAACACUUUAAUGAGGAGGAAGUGGAAUCCAUCUUUGGCAACAUCCUAGACAUCUACCAGCUGACGGUAUCCUUCUUGGGUCUCCUGGAGGAUGCCAUGGAGAUGAUGGAUGAUAGUAACUCCUUCCUUGGUAUCGGAGAGUGCUUCGAGGAGAUGGCAGAGGCAGAAGAAUUUGAGGUGUACAGUCCUUAUGCUGCACAGAUCCUGAGUGAAGACUGUAGGAAUACAAUACAGAGACUUGUAGCUAAGCCAGAAGUAGCCGAGUACCUACAGGAGCACAAUAUUCGUGAUGCGGUAUCCUAUGUUCUACCCAAGCUUCUACUAGAACCAAUCUACCACUGUAUACACUACUUUGACUCGCUGAAGUUAUUAUUAAAGACCUCACCUAAUGAGGAGGAACAAGAAAAAUUCAAACAAGCAUCCAGUCUUCUGAAGAUUUUGCAGGCAGAGUUAGACAGAAUAUGCGCCGGUCACUUACCUAAGAGGAAGACAGGGAGAGAGUCUUCCCUGAGGUUCCAUCGGAGGCUAGCGUCGAGACAGGUCUGCAUCCAGCGCAUGAAUGAGAUCCAGAAGAACAUUGAAGGAUGGGAGGGACGAGACAUCAGUGAGAUGUGUAGUGAGUUCAUCAUGGAAGGCAACGUUGGCAAGGUCCAUACGGGCAAGAACAAAAGGGCCAACACAGAGAGACACAUCUUCCUGUUUGACAGUAUGAUAGUGUGCUGUAAGCUGAACACAAGACGGUCGGUCUCAAGCUCGUCACCGGAGUACCGCUUCAAGGAGAGGUACUACCUCAGGAAGAUCAAAGUCGUUGACAAGCACGAUGGAGACGAUGUGAAGUUUGCCUUUGAGAUAGAGGUCAAAGACUCACCACAAACCAUAGUUUUCUUUGCCAAGAGUGCGGAGGAGAAAACAAGUUGGAUGGAGGCCCUUAUAACCCUCCUACACAGAAGCACCCUAGAGAGAAUGUUGGACACUAUCUUACAACAGGAAGAAGAUAGUCAACCCCUAAGGCUUCCAUCUCCGGAGGAGUACUGCUUUGUAGAGGAAGACUCGCCAGACAACAUUGUCUUUGAGGAAGGUCACAAGUCAAUGGCGGGAGUUCCCCUCAUCAAGGGAGGAACCCUCUUCAAGCUGAUUGAAAGACUGACCUAUCACAGGUACGCUGAUCCGUCCUUCGUCCGAACCUUCCUCACCACCUACAGGUCAUUCUGCAGUCCACAGGAUCUACUCUCGUUACUCUUCAAGAGGUUUGAGAUCCCAGACCCUCCUCCUACAGAGGAAGAUCAAGCUUCCAUUGAUAGAGGGAUUAGUGUGGUCAGAGAAGACCUCAAGAGAUUCAGGAAAGAGUACGCACAACCUAUACAACUCAGAGUACUGAAUGUAUUCAGACACUGGGUUGACCAACACUUCUAUGACUUUGAGCGAGAUUCAGAGUUACUUGGAAGCCUAGAGAAGUUCAUUGAUGAAUCAGUGCGAGGGAAAGGCAUGAGGAAAUGGGUCGAAUCUAUCAAGAAAAUCAUCAUGAGGAGAGUAAAUUGGGAUGUGGAAGAACAGAGGCACAUACUUACAUUUGAGAAAGAUCCUCCGCCCAUAGAGCAUCAUAUAUCCAAGUCACCUCUAGACUUCGAUAUCAUGACCCUCCACCCGAUAGAGAUUGCAAGGCAGCUGACCUUACUGGAGUCUGACCUUUACCGAGCGGUCACUCCAUCCGAGCUGGUAGGCAGUGUGUGGACUAAGAAAGACAAACAUCUCACAUCACCUAACUUACUCAAGAUGAUCCAUCAUUCAAAUAUGUUCAUCUUAUGGUUAGAGAAGUGCAUUGUUGAGACGACCAAUCUUGAGGAGAGGAUAUCUGUGGUAUCCAGAGUUAUAGAGAUCAUGAUGGUGUUCCAAGAGUACAACAACUUCAAUGGCGUUCUGGAAAUCGUCAGUGCAUUCAACUCAUCUGCCAUCCAUAGACUGGAGCAUACCUUUCGGGAUUUGAGGAAGAAGCAGGUUUUAGAAGAGGCCAAGGAACUAGGCACAGAUCACUACAAGAAAUACCAAGAGAAGUUACGCUCCAUCAAUCCACCUUGUGUGCCUUUCUUGGGAAUGUACCUAAGCAACAUCCUGUUCAUAGAGCAGGGUAACCCAGACUUCCUCUCUAACUGUCCGGAGGGAUUGAUCAACUUCAGUAAGAGGCGGAGAGUAGCUGAGAUCACUGGAGAGAUCCAGCAGUACCAGCAUCAACCUUACUGUCUCAACCCUGAACCUGAGAUCAGGAAAUUCUUUGAGGACUUAAACCCUCUUGGUGACAUGACAGAGAAGGAAUUCCAGGACUAUCUCUACGAGACAUCACUGGAUAUUGAACCCAGAAACUGCAAGCAGCUGCCAAAAUUUCCCAAAAAAUUUGAGUACUCUUUGAAGUCCCCUGGCAUCAAACCCUCCAGCAAUAGACACAUGUCAUUGGUUGGAACAUCAAGACUCACCAAUGAGCUCAGGUCACCAGGGUUCACGAGGAUGCAGGAUGAUGAGGCCACCUCCCCCAAAGCAGGUGCCACACCCCCUUCUCCAAGAACACCAACCAUUCUAUCAACACCAUCGUCGAUCUUUAGCCAAAAUAGUGUCUUCAGUGUCGUGGAUAUUCCAAACAACUCCAACUCGUCAUCCACAGCAGCAGAGGAACCACCAGAGGUACCUCCUCCUCUACCACCCCGAAGCCGUCUGAGCUCCACCCCUAAUCCCUGCAGCAGUCAGGAUCGCCUCCACGACAUACCACCGCUCCCUCCAAGAUUCAACCACGCCCCUCCAUUACCACCCAGACACAACUCUCAGAACUCAUCACAGACAAUGAAUGGCGGUACACCCACGAUACCCCCAAGGACUUACCGUAGCCCCCACUCGCUUCAACGCAAAGCCUCCAAUCCGCUGCCGAACAAGUCUUCCACCACCACGACGUCGUCGAGGCUGCCCCCGCUCCCACCACCCAUAACGCACUUACCCGAUUCAGAUAUCUGGUUGCCAAGGACUCCUCAAGCACAGAAAAGUCAUGCCUUCUUACUAUCACAAAACUCUCCAGCAUCCUCUUUUCCAAUGAACAACACAGACCACAUUGGUUUCAAGCCCUUGAUGCCCCCGCCAAGACCGCGUGGUCCACGACUGGCUGAACGGCUGGCUGAACCAGACAGACCACCUAGGACUCCUUCAAAGGAAAAUCAGUUAACGCCAGAAGAUCUGAAAUUCUUUGAAAGCUCUUAUUAAAGCAAGCAUGGAGUGUCUUUUUUACAAGCAACUCAACAGACUUCUCAUGGAAACGAUUUGGCACAUGUGGUGAAAAAUAUGAUUGACAUGUAACUAAGGGCAAGAACAGUACUUGGACUUCAGCAUCGCCAGUGUCUCUGUCAGAGACAGAGCCACACGUAACAAAGCUGGCUGGAGAGAAGAAAUGCUCUUGUAAAAUCUGCUUAUUGUAAUUGAUUAUCACCUCUUGUCCAAUAACUAUGCAUUUAAUGUGUGAAUCAUGUACCAAAAAAUGUUGUCUCAUGUCAAAAUAAUCAAAGAUACUACCCUUAAUAAGGCUGGGCAGAGUUUUGUUCAGCAAUGCAAACUGUUGGGUUUUGAGAAAGAUUUGGAAAAAUGGACACAAUUAUUAUAACACAAGUAAGUUGUUGAUUCUCAUAGAGCAUCCAAUAAAUGAAUGCACAUUAAUUAUACAGCAUGAAUUUCUUAACAUAGCAAGAGCUUCAGGUAAAAAGGGUGGAGAGUGGCAUAAGCUGAUUACCGGUAGUCUCUCUCUCAGCAAACUACACAACCAGGGCAGUGAAAUCUUCAUGUCAGAUAUAUAUGCUUUUCCUAAAGGAGUUUUACCAUAUGUUAAUGAGACAAGAGCCUAUAUAUAAGUGCAAUAAGUCUAACAGAUACCUAAACAUCCAUCAAAGGUAGUCCCACUGACAGAAGGAAAAUCAAUGGUAAAAGUUUUAAUUUGCCCAUCAAAUCUGUGGGAAUUUUGAUUUGCUCAUUGUGGUGUAUUCAGGGAGAAGUCUUUAAAAUGUUCAUGUUUUAUUGGGGGGAAUCUGACAAAUCAAUUCUAGAACAUCUCAAGAUUGAUUACCGCCAAACUUGGGUCAUGUAUUUAUCUUGCAGAACUAAUUAGAUUAUGUAUGCAAAAAAAAUAGCUUGUGAACGCAUUGUCAAUACUGAAGGAUGGAUUACUAUCAAACUCGGGAUAUGUAUCUUGCAGAGCCAAUGAACUGAGGUCAGAGGGCCACUCUAACAGCCUUUUAAAACAUGAAUACACCUCUAUUUAUUAAUAAACGUAUUACUGGUAUUAUCAAGUGCAUAUUAUUUUUUGGGUAAAUGCCUGAAACAAAGCGUUUUUAAAGCUAGAUUCCAGAAUCAUUGUAUUCUGGUCUCCACCAGGAUAUCCCCCUAGACAGAAGAAGCUUAAUAAUCUUAUCCUACUUUCCAUGGUUUGAGGGGGGGGGGGGGGGGGCUGCAGAAUGUAUAUCAAAAGGAUACACCUCUCUGAUCUAAGAGAAUUGAAACUUACAAUUUACCGUACUACAAGCAACUAGUUUGACUGUACUGCAUUUUUUUUUUCUCAAGUAGAGUUCUUUGAUGAAAGAAGAUGGUGAUUCCAAAAUCAACUUUUGAGAUGAAAUCAUGUUUGUGUAAUGCAAGGCUGGCUGGUAAUGUUUUAUUAUGAAUAUUGGUUUGAGUACCAGGCGCUAUAACUAUGAAGAUUUAUUUUGUACCAAAUAUGAAGUGUCCUCCAAUUCUAUGGGAGUUUAACACCCAUUAUAAAGGAACUUUUAAUAAAAAAUAAUUGUUGUAUAGAAA